GUUGCCUUGGUCCUCGCAACCUCUCCACCAAAACUCCAUUCCCACUUCCCAAGUAACAGCUACCGGUAAUCCUCAAUCAUGAGUGGAGUCGAGAUAGCUGGUCUAGCACUCGCUGUGUUACCAGUACUAGUCGUUGCAAUCGAUCAAAUCAAGGCACAGCGACUAAAUCCAAGAAGGGCAGAAUUUAUGGAAAACCUGGCAUUCGAGAUUACCUUCCUCCAGAUGAGUUUGACGAAACUGGCGAAAAGCCUGUCUGAGCUGCCCAACGGGCUACGAGAAAAGUUGCUAUCGCCACAACCCACACAGGACCUGGAAGCAAGUUGGAAGACAGCUGAGGUGGUGCGUACGCUUCAUGCGCGUCUGGGACCGGGCCACGAGACAUUCUUUGUUGCACUCGCAGCUAUCUUGGAGUGCCUUGAUGGAUUACUGGAGAGAAGGCCAUUGUUUCUGUCAAGCGACGAAACGAUCCUCGCCCCACACACGUAUGCGAAACUGCGCAUGAUACGCGACGGAGAUUCAACACCUAUCAACAGUUUAAACUCCCGGCUGCGAUUCGCCUUUGAAGCGAGACAGUACAACCAAAUCCUCAACAGAAUUACGAAUAACAAUGCACGACUGGAGAAAAUUGUUGGCUGGUCUUCAGACUCACUGUUCGUGACGCCGGAGUCCCCCAAGGAGAGUCGUACCAUCGGCAGUCCUCAUAUCCAGCUGCGUCCCUUGAUGCAUACUCUGUAUGAAGCACUGGGAGAAUCAUGGCCAUGUGAUUGCCAUGGUAGACAUGAAGCUCGCCUCUGUUUACUACAAUACCGAGACCGGCGCCGAGAUUCCAUGACAUCUGACACAGGAGGGUGCGACAAUGUAUACUUCAACUUGCUUGUGUCACUAGCUAACGAAGGAAAUGAGCCAUAUUGCCGCUGGCUUGAGAGUCAACUCUGCAUCGCCCUUCAUCAGGAUUUGGCUUUGCAACCAACGCAUGGUGUUCGCUUUGUCUUAGAUGCUACUCCAUCGUCCGUUGACUCAGGAGUUGGUGUUGAGAUGACCACAAUUCCAUCCAGAGCCACAGCGACCCGCAACAGGAUAGAAACGCUCUGUCAUACACUCCUACAGGCUGAACGUAGCCUGUGCUCACCAAAACUUCUAUUUGAUGGAGGUUGUCUGUGGCACGUGAGUAGUAGGCCGUCGCCACGGAGCUCUUUGCCAACCUUGACUAUCCAAGCUCAGGAGGUGGAUGCCUCCCUUGCAUCAUUGUUACGGGGUGACAGGAAGCUCAGACUGAAGGAGAAGCGCAUUUUAUCAGUCAUACUGGCAAAUUCCCUACUCCACUUCUGCGAAAGUCCCUGGCUGAGUAAGAAGUGGAGCAAGGAACACAUCUCGUUUUUUGUGUCACCCGGCCAAAGAGACCUAGAGAUUCGACGGCCCUAUUUGUCGACCAGGUUCCAGGAUAUACGCAUCGAAGAUGAGUCUGAUGCACUCUACAGGCUACAUCCAAAUCCCGCAAUUCUAGCACUAGGAAUACUCCUCCUUGAGAUCGAGCUGAACUCUCCAAUUGAACAUAGACGGGGAGAUGAGGAUCUCAAUGCCGACGGAACGCCCACUAUAAACACUGACCACUUCGCCGCACUGAGACUCUUCGAAGACAUGUCUGAUGACUUGUAUGUGAACUAUCAACAAGCAGUCUCUGCAUGUCUUAACUGCGACUUCUACGACGAGGACACGAUGGAGCCCAGUUUGGACAACCCUGAUUUUCGACAAGCGGUGUACAAAGCUAUCGUGAGGCCUUUGGAACAAGAACUGCACAGUGCUUAUGAACUUACGCUAGAUGAUUUAGGCCUCGACCUCGUCUAACUGGCACUGGACAAUACUACUGCGGCCUGACCACUCCACCUUGUAGAGCAACUUCUGUAACUUACUACAUAUUUUCAUUCCCACCAGUUUAUGGUUGAUACUCUUUUCGUAUUCUCAUGCUAUGUGAAAUUAGGCG